CAACCAACGGAGAGCCGAACCGGUGGCUGCUGUUGAGUGUUGGUCGUUCGGUGUUGCUGCUGCUGCUGGUGCGCUGUGAAGAGUGAUUGUCCCGAUCGAUCGAUCGCGAGUGUACGUGUAGCGACUUCAGGUCCAGGAGUUCGGUGACGCGUGCGAUGGUAAAAUCUAGGACUAGCACCGCAAACGGGACCCGGUCGUUCGGUAUCCGCAAUCGGAAGGUACGGCUAGCGUUUGUGCUGCGCGUGCUGUGUGUGCUGUGUUUGGGAUCGCUGCAGAUCCUCAACCUAGCGAUCGCACCACCGAAUGGCGGUGGGCUUGGGGAUGGCGUAGUACGUCCGGCAGCGGCCACCGGUGCCGCCCGUCGCUUGCUGAGCGUGCCCCAGAGUGAACUGGAACUGUUGGUGCUCGUGAACGGCACCCUUCUGCCGGAGGUCGGACUCGAACCGAGCACGACACCGAGCGGUGAAGGGAAUGGGACGGAGGCCGUGGACCACGAGCGCAACUGCACCCCGGCGGCCAUCUUCGAGUUCCCGUCGGAUGGGUUUACGCGCGAGGAUCGGCGCCAUGGCUGGAUCGCGGUGCACGUCGUGGUGGCCUGCUACUGCUUCUGGCUGCUCGCGAUCGUGUGCGACGACUACUUUGUGCCGGCGAUCGAGUUGAUGUGCAAAAAGCUGCAGGUGAAGGAAGAUGUGGCCGGAGCGACGUUUAUGGCUGCCGCUUCGUCCAGCCCGGAGCUGUUCAUCAACUGCGUCGGUACGUUCGUGACGAAGGGUGAUCUCGGGGUCGGGGCCGUCGUGGGAUCGGCCGUCUUCAACAUCCUGGCCGUGCCGGCCGUGUGCGGUUUGCUCGGCGGACAGGUAGUGCAGCUACGAUGGUGGCCUGUUACGCGCGACUCCUUGAUGUACGGAAUGGCGGUUAUCGGACUGAUAGCGGUGCUGUACGAUGGUCGAGUGAUGUGGUACGAAGCCAUGAUCCUCGUUUCAGCCUACAUCCUGUACAUUGCAGCGAUGUACUGCAACGAUCCGAUCAAUCGCUUCAUGUCGAAGACCUUCCGCCGGAAGUCGUACGUUCGCCCGUACACGGAAGUGACAGAAAUCUCUCCCUUGCUCUCCAACGGGGCCAACGGAAAAUCGGUCGCCCCCGGAGCCAAGAAUGGCACCGGUGCGCUCCACGUGUGUGACAGUGACGCCAGCGACGACAGCUUCGAGGACUACGUCCGCCUUCUGGACGCACUGUUUCCCAUCCCGCCAGAGCUAGCGACGUCUCCGUGGAACCACCGGGACGACAAUCUGGCUACGUUCAUCUGCCGCUGGCCCAUUACGUUCGUCCUGUGGGCGACCAUACCGGACUGUCGGCGCUAUCCCCGGUUGCGGCUGGUAACGUUUUUCGCCUGCAUUUUCUGGAUCGGUAUCACGGCGUACUUCGUCGCGUUCCUGAUAACGGUGGUUGGUGACACGAUCGACAUACCGGACUCGGUGAUGGGCCUGACGUUCCUGGCGGCCGGAACUAGCGUGCCGGAGGCAGUCUCCAGUAUUAUCGUGACCAAUCAGGGCCACGGUGAGAUGGGCAUCAGCAAUUCAAUCGGCUCGAACACGUUCGACAUUCUGCUGUGCCUUGGGUUGCCCUGGCUGAUCAAGUCGCUCGCCCUCCCCGCUGUGCCGGGGGAACGUUGGGUCACGCUUAACUCGUCCGGGUUGACGUACUCGGCGAUUUCGCUACUGUCAACACUCUGCGGUCUGUAUUUGGCGUUCUGGUUUAAUCGCUUCAAGCUCGACUGGAAGGUGGGCCUCACCUGUCUGUCGAUGUAUAUCGGCUUCCUGACCGUGUCUAGUCUGAUCGAGCUGAAUGUGUUCUUCCCAGUGAAUGUUCCUACCUGUCCACACUGAGUGUUUGCCUCGCUGAAGGACUAAAGCUAGCGUUCGUUUAAUGAUACUCUGGUGGAAUAGAGUUAUGCCAUCUGAUAAUGAAUAAAUCUGAUAAUGUAAGAAGCUAACGAAUGUAAUGUUGACAU